AUGGAGACGGUGUGUCAAACACCGGGCUGCCAGCGCAUCGCGCAUGGCACGCACAGGCACUGCUGCAGCUACUGUGCUCGAAGUGGUGCCGCUUGCAAACACAAGCCCACCUGUGACUGGCGAAACGGAGGCAACAGAGCGGAGGCUUCUGCCCCGAACCCUUCCGACCAGAGGGCCGCCUCGUCUCGAGACUUUAGCCUGGAGCUUCCGCUGUCUUGGCUGCCGCACUGGAACGAUGGUGGCCCGCGGCUCCGUGCUUACGUCCGCUUCGUUGCCAUCACCAGGCUCGAGCUGCGGCCAUCCUGCUUCAAGACCUUUCUUCGACAGCAGACACUGAGCUUCCAUCCUGACAAGGUGCCGGAGUCUCCGUCUGCAGCAGAGAUCUACAGGCAUGUCCGCGAGAUGUCCGCCCGCUGUCCGCGGCAUGUCCGCGGGCGUUUCCCUGAGGCCUCCGCUUCCGAAGCCAUGGCAGCUUCCCCUUCCAAACUUCACUUGAAAACCAGUGAAGAGGAGCAGCACGAGUGUCGCAAGUGCCGUUUGCCGAAGCCCUUUGAACAAGGCCGCAAGCACGGCUUACACUUCCUCUGCAAGAAGUGUGAGUCUUUGGAGAGGAUGGUUGCCAGAACACUUGGCGACGUGGAGCAGCUCAAAAAACUUUCGAAGGACCGUCAGGAGGCGUUCUUCCGUGAACACUCUGAAAAGCCUGAGCACGAGCGCACGAACUGGCAGACCGUUCGUGCUUGCCUGGUCUCGCAGCUUGUGGUCGAGGUGACCAGCGAGUGGGACAGUGGCGAGGUGGGAGAGUGGCUCCCUGAGUCAGUCUGGGUCACGCGAGGGUUCCUUUCGGAGUCUGUGAAAAAGUGUGACUCCAGGGAGUGUCCCAAGCUGGGCACUGUUUACCAGGUGCCCGUGCACCACGACAACUACCGCCAGCUUCGCAAAGACGUGGAGACAACUCUUUUGACGCGAGAGGAAGAGUGCAGAAAGAAGAAGACCCAAACAAAAGACAAAGCUACCACAGGGGAAACUGGCGAGCAAGAGCCCACGUGCACCUGGAACGUGCCUGAGGCCUUGAAACCGCAGGCUUUUGCUGCCGCCGCCUCUGGGAAAGGCAAAGCUGCUGCCAAGGCUAAGGGCAAGGCAGCUGCAGUGCCCUCUGCUGCAAGUGCUGCCCGUGCUGCAGCGAGGACGCAGCGAGUGAACACGCAGCUGAACUGCAAAGCCCAGCGGGCGUUGGCCGACUUGACCCUGGCCAGCACUGGCUUGCAGAAGCUUUGCAAGCAGCUGGAGAAGCGCGAGGACGUUGAGGUCUGCUUGAAGGAGGCUUUGCAGUCGGCUUACCUCGACCUGCAGCCCUGGCUCCAAGCUUGCAGCAGCACGACCCUGCAGUUCUCUGCUCUGAAAGGUCAAGAGACCCAGCCACUGCUGCCGGAGCUUCCCUUCACUCCCGAAGACUUGAAGAACAAGCUUAAGACGCUGAAGUCUUUGCGGGGUGAAGUACCUCGCAAAGAAAAGGCCGCAGCGGCACCGGCUGCGGACAAGCUUGCUGCAGCGGAGACCGCUGCGGCAGGGCCAAACAAGAGACGCCGCACGAAGGCGCCGGCCAAGUAA